ACUACACUCUAUAGGUUUUACUACUACCCUUAAAACCAGACUCUGCGCGGCAUCAACCCCGGGUUUAUUGAUUGAAAGCCCUGCGCGCCGCCCGACAUUCUUGACUUCUUUGCUAUUUUGCAUAAAGAACGGGAAAAAAUUCAAUUGCAAAUCAGCACCCUCUUACGUCCGCAAAUACCACAAAGUGCUGUAAGUCAGGGAGCUUGUCUGUUUCUCUCAAGAAACGGCGACGCACGCGGACCUAAUACCUACUCCCUCCGCACCCGCUCCGUCAUUAUACCUCCUUCUCUUACCUCCAGAGGAGAGGAAGACAAGGAACAAGGCAAAACAAGACAAAAUGGGCGGCAGCUCAACAUUCCUGUCCCCCGGUCCGGUGACCCGGGAACACGACCUGGCCUCCCUCCACCUCCGCCGCGACCUGUCUGUCCCCGUGGUCCUGUCUACACAAGUGACCGACCCGCAAGACGAAGGGUAUGCGGAGGGAAAAGUGACCAAUACGCGAUUCGGGUCUUUCCCACAUUCGACUAUGAUUGGCGUGCCCUGGGGAAGUCAGAUUCGCGCGAGUAAAGUUGAUACGGGGUCACGGGGACGGGGCGUUAAUCCGAAGAAACGGAAAGCCGGAGAAGAAACCCCUCCUCCUAUCGAAGCAGCGGAGUCCGGAUUUGUCCACAUUCUACCACCAACCCCCGAAAACUGGACGACUAGUCUCCCUCAUCGCACUCAGGUCGUCUAUACGCCGGACUACAGCUACGUUUUGAACAGAAUCCGGGCGCGGCCCGGGUCGAGAUUGAUCGAGGCCGGGAGCGGGAGCGGCAGUUUUACGCAUGCGGCGGCCAGAGCGGUGUUUAAUGGAUAUCCUCCCACAAAGGAUACGUACGGUAGUCCACCCGGUGACGAAGAAACUUAUGGAAAGGUGUUUUCUUACGAGUUCCAUGCCGAACGCCACAAAAAGGUCAAAGCGGAAAUGGCGGAACAUGGACUUGAUGGGAUUGUGCAUACGACGCAUCGGGAUGUGUACAGGGAUGGAUUUUUGAUUGAGGACCACCAACAAGAGACCCAGACUCAAAAUGGCGGUACUGGUACUGAUGGUGAUGGUCAAAAAGAGUCGGGGUCAAAGUGGAAGUCACCACGUGCGAAUGCCAUUUUCCUUGAUCUGCCGGCGCCCUGGGAGGCCUUGCCGCAUCUGACACGAAAAGGGCUUUCUCCACUGGAUCCAAACGAGACAGUACACAUAUGCACAUUCAGUCCGUGUAUCGAACAAGUCCAGAAAACAGUCUCUUGUCUCCGGCAGCACGAUUGGCUGGAUAUCGAAAUGGUCGAGAUCCAACAUAGGCGCAUUGAGGUGCGGCGCGAGUUUACUGGGUUGAGCUACGAAGGGAUGCGUGGCGCGAAUGCUUAUGCUGUUGAUGUCGACGAGGCGCUGAACAAGUUGCGCGAGGUCGAGCGGCGGGCAAAGGAGUUUCAUGCCGGUACGCUGGGAAACAAACAAAAGCCAGAAAACGGAACGGGAUCGCGGCAACAACCAGAGUCACAGCAGCAGCAGCAGCAGCAGCAGCAGCAGCAGCGGAAAAAAUUGCCGUUCAACGGCGGGAGUCUGGUUCAUAGGACGGAGCCGGAGCUGAAAACUCAUACGUCGUAUUUGGUGUUUGCUGUUCUUCCGCGAGAGUGGACUGAGGAGGAUGAGGCGGCCGCGCAGGCGAAGUGGUCGCAAAAUGUUAGGAUUGCGUCCAAUGUGCCGAAGAGCCAGAGACAGUUGAAGAAGGAGGCGAAGCUGAAGAGCUCCCUGAGAGAGCAAGAGCAGAACAACAGGAAUGGAGCCGAGAUUGGGACGAAGGCGGCUGAGGCCGAGAUUGAGACAGCGAGUGCGAAUGUAAUGGAGGAUGUGGUCAAGGAGGCUUCCGCAGAUGCAUGAUACCAUGAUUUAGGUACUAAAGGCAUAAACAGACUGGAGAGAAGCGAGCCAUGACCACCCCCGUCUAUGUCCACACCGGAUAUCAACAAGUUGAAGUUACCAUUUCGUGAUCAUUGCUAUGGACAUCGCUACCACUCAGCUGAACUUGAUGGAGCACGAGAACGAUUGACUGCCAGUGCUCAGAGCGCCUUUGGGCAGAGUUGAAGACAGUGAGACGAACAGCUACACUGCGCUAGGCGGGUUGGGCUGUGCUGGGCUAAGGAGAGCCACACCAAGGGACCAGAAUGUGAUAUCCCUCUGUCGGUAUCGCAGUACCAGUACCAUUACCAGUACCUAUCAGUAGCUGUUACUACUUACUGUUCGACUACUGUAUUGCUUCUAACUGGUACUGCGAGAUUCAUUCAAUAAUGGCAUUUCUGCCAGUGACUCGAACACGAAUUGCAUGGGCGAAUGAACGAUUCGAAUGCACUUCUUCUCCCGAGAGAAGCAAAGCAAAGCAAAGCAUGUUCUGUUCUACCCGCAAAUCACUGAAUCAUUC